AUGGAUAUCCCGGGCUUCAACGGGGAGCUCGGAAUAUCGAAGGAAGAAGAAAAACACUUGGUCGAAGCUAUGACCGACCUUGAUAGCACCACCGGAGGUUCUGGAAGACUUCCGGACAGAAUAGAGAGACCCACGAUCAAGAGCUCAGGCCCCAUCUCAUCUAUCUAUCAUAUGCUGAGACGAAACCAGAUGCCCUAG